CCCCCAGUGGAUUCCUUAAAUCACUAAGGAUGGCGGCAUCGGUGGGGGGUCCGGUGUUGCUACAGAACUUUUUGGUGUGUGACACAGAGCCUGCUUGGAAGGAUGAUGAGGUGUGCGUGGUAGCUUUGUUCGGGAAGACGGACCUUCAGAUGCAGGGGAGUUGGGAGAAAUGCAGCUUGGUAAACUCAUUGUGCGACCGCCACAUCUUUCCACUUUUUCAUUGCCUGCCCGAGCUGCCUCAAGAGCGCAGCCUUUUGCAGGCAUAUUACGAUGCCGACUCCCGUGUGCUUUACUUGCUUCUUACCGGUAUCACCGACACCGGCCAGCUUCUCCGAGCGUGCGAGGAGCUAGGACGCGAUGUACCGCAUGCCGAGGCACAUGAGUGGUGGAAAGAUGAGGAAAAGCUUCUUUGCAUGCGGCUGCUUUAUCUCUUCUGUGUCAGUCAUAUCCUGCUUCUCGUGCACCCCACUUGCUGCUUCGACAUCACCUACGAGAAGCUGUUCCGGGCGUUGGACAGCCUGAGGCAAAAGCUGCUGCCCUCCCUCAAGGCUCCACUCAAGGACUGUGCAGUAGGGCUGGACUGGAAGCUUAAUGCCCGACCUUGCCCACCCAGGCUACUUUUUGUCUUUCAACUCAAUGGUGCUCUCAAAGUGGAGCCCAGGGGGCAGGGGCAGCCUACUGCUGAGAAGCCCAAGAAGCAUUCCCCAAAGAGGCGGCUGCAACAUGCCCUAGAGGACCAGAUCUAUCGCAUCUUCAGGAAGAGUAGGGUGCUCACAAACCAGAGUAUUAACUGCCUUUUCACUGUUCCAGCCAACCAGGCCUUUGUAUACAUUGUAGCAGAGCAGGAUGAAGACCCUAUCAUGAUGCUACUGGAAGGGCUGAAGCACAACUGCACCUUGAAAGACACUGAGUCCCUGUUGCCCAUAUCCGGGCCAAGGCGGUAUCAGAUGAUGCGCCAUAGUCGUCAACUGACUUUCACUGCAGAAAGUAAUACAAGUCUCUCUGGCCAAUUGGUGGACUGCUCAUUAAGGGAAUUCCUCUUCCAACAUGUAGAGCUGGUUCUGAAUAAAAAAGGUUUUGAUGAUAGUGUAGGAAGAAACCCACAGCCCUCUCAUUUUGAGCUUCCUACUUACCAGAAAUGGGUAAAUGUAGCUUUAAAACUUUAUGAAGUUAUCAUUGAAAAUAAAGAUGAUGAUCCACCAGCUUACCCUGGGGCAUUUCCUCCCAAGCUGUUGGCUAAUAUGAAAGUAUUGGAAGGUUAUUUAGAUGCUGAUACUAAAUUCUCAGAAAAUCGUUGCCAGAAAGCACUUCCAUUGGCACAUAGUGCUUAUCAGUCCAAUCUACCACACAACUACACCACAACAGUCCAUAAAAACCAACUGGCACAAGCACUUCGUGUGUACAGCCAACAUGCCCGGGGACCAGCUUUCCAGAAAUAUGCUAUUCAUCUUAAUGAGGAUUGUUACAAGUUCUGGAGUAGUGGGCAUCAACUUUGUGAAGAAAGGAGUUUGACUGAUCAGCACUGUGUCCAUAAAUUCCACUUGCUUCCCAAAUCUGGAGAGAAAAUAGAACCAGAGCGCAACCCUCCAAUUCUAUAUCAUAACAGCAGAGCACGAUCAACUGGAAGCUGUAACUGUGGGAGAAAACAAGCUCCGCGAGAAGAUCCGUUCGACAUCAAGUCUGCCAAUUAUGAUUUUUAUCAGAUGUUGGAGGAGAAAUGCUGUGGUAAACUGGAUCAUAUCAACUUCCCUAUAUUCCAACCAAGCACUCCAGACCCAGCUCCUGCCAAGAAUGACUCUAAUCACACUCCACAAGAUGGAGAAUUGGAAGUAGAAAAGCUGAAAGAUAAAGAGCCUCACACGCAGGGAGAAAGUACUAGUCUGAGCCUAGCACUUAGCUUGGGCCAGUCCACUGACAGCCUUGGAGCAUACCCAGCUGACCCACAAGCAGGGGGUGAUAAUGCAGAAGCUCCUGCCCAGGGUACAGAGGACAAAAGUGAAAAACGUCCAAGCUUAGUUGAUCGCCAAGCUUCUACUGUAGAGUAUCUCCCUGGCAUGAUGCAUUAUAAUUGUCCAAAAGGACUACUGCCCAAGUUUUCCAGUUGGUCAUUAGUAAAACUUGGUUCUGCUAAGGCUUAUAACUUCCAUACAGGGCUAGACCAUCUUGGCUUCAUCCCAGGGACAUGUUAUUUAAUGCCUUGGGACAUUGUUAUUCGCACAAAGCCAGAAGAUGAAGUGGACCUGGAUACCAACUCCUGGCCUGCUCCAAAUAAGUCCAUUCCUGGAAAAAGGAAUGCAGUGGUGAUGGGUAGAGGCAGAAGAAGAGAUGAUAUGGCAAGAGCUUUUGUUGGGUUUGAAUAUGAAGAUUCUAGAGGACGUAGGUUCAUGUGCUCUGGUCCUGAUAAAAUUAUGAAGGUAAUAGGCAGCGGUCCUAAAGAAUCAGCAGUCAAAGCCCUGAACAGUGACAUGCCCUUGUAUAUGUUAUCACCAUCACAGGGCCGAGGACUUAAACCCCAUUAUGCUCAGCUCAUGAGAAUCUUUGUUGUGGUGCCAGAUGCUCCUUUACAGAUCAUACUAACUCCUCAGGUGCAAGCAGGGCCACCUCCAUGCCCAGUCUUCUUUCCGGAGAAGCAAGAAAUCACCCUACCCGCUGAUGGACUUUGGGUUUUAAGAUUUCCUUAUUCCUAUGUAACAGAACGUGGGCCUUGUUACCCUCCAAAGGAAAACCAACAACUGAUGAGCUGCAAAGUUAUGCGAGGCAUAUUGAAGGCUGUCACCCAGUAGAGCCAACUUACUCAAAUGUGCAUCUGAUUGCUUUAUUCAGAUGAUGGAUUUGAUUCUUUUAAAAUACCUUUUUCAAUGGCAUCCUCCAAGCAGCUUUAAGACGCACAUUUUUUUAAGUAAUUGUCCUGUUUGAUCCCAGCCAUGUAAUUCAAGCGUUGCAGUUACUUGAGAAUUUUGAUACAUUAAUUAUGUUUCAACAGAAAAAAAGACAUCUCAUUUUUCUUUCUUUUAUUUGUAUCAUUCAUUUUAAAUCCUUAAUUUGGAUUUAUUUUGGAAAUUAAGUCUUUUUAACAUGACAACAUUUUGUGAACAGUAAUAGAAUAAGUUGCAUAAUGGUCAAUUCUAAAAGUAAAUUACUUUGUUAUAUGUACUAUUGUAUUCAAAUAAGACUGUUUAAUAUAUUAAAUUGAGACACAUUGAAAAUAUUGUUAAAAAUAUUAAAAUGUUUCAUUGUUUCGUCAGAGUGCUUUAAAUCAAGAUUAUCUAGCACUGUACAUACAGCCUUGAUAUAUGGAUCAUGAAGAAUUAUCUCCUGUACUCCCAUUCAGUACUAUACAUGUAUGUAAAUAAAUACAUGGGCUAUGUUUAUCAUUAGCGCUAGGUUAAUAUAAAAAAUAAAGGUGGAGAUACUGAAGAAUCAACUGAGUUAUGUUACUUUAUGCUAUUAUAUGUUGAAAUAGCCAUUUACUUCAUUAAACAGUAUAUAAUAUAAUUUUUCCAUCUCAUUGUUUAAUAAAAUCAAAUUCCAAUUUAAAAUGAAAUUUGCACCAUCAACCACUGGAAAAGCUCUACAUUAGAAAUAAAUUAUUACUACUA